AAGAAGUACCAAAACAUGAUUGCUUUUCGUGACGAUAGGCGACGUUUCUGCUGAAGGAGUCAGUUUUUGUUUGGGCGUUGUCAACAAAUCUAAAUCGACGAGGCUGCAUUACUGAAUAUAUCGGAAGCGGUCUAAAAGACCCUCCCGUGAUCAUGGCCGCGCCGCCGCCGCCGGGUCUGGCUAGCCGCAACAAGAAGCAUUUUCUGGGAGUACCUGCACCACUAGGUUAUGUUGCUGGUGUCGGCCGAGGUGCGACUGGUUUCACUACUCGUUCUGAUAUCGGUCCCGCUAGGGAUGCCAACGACGUUUCCGACGACAGGCACGCCCCUCCAGUCAAACGCCGAAAGAAAGACGAGGAGGAAGACGAAGAUGAGGACCUCAACGAUUCGAACUAUGACGAGUUCUCUGGGUACGGCGGGUCUCUGUUUAGCAAGGACCCUUAUGAUAAGGAUGAUGAGGAGGCUGACUUGAUCUACGAGGCCAUUGACAAGCGCAUGGACGAGAAACGGAAGGAAUAUCGUGAGAAGAGGCUGAGGGAGGAGCUUGAGAGGUACCGUCAGGAAAGACCAAAGAUCCAGCAACAGUUCAGUGACCUCAAGAGAGACCUCAUCACUGUCGAUGAAGAUGAAUGGAGGAACAUCCCUGAAGUUGGUGAUGCCAGAAAUAGAAAGCAGCGUAAUCCAAGAGCUGAAAAGUUUACACCUUUGCCAGACUCUGUGCUCUCUCGCAACCUUGGAGGCGAAUCAGCAACUUCCCUAGAUCCUUCAAGUGGACUUGCAAGCGCCAUACCAGGUGUAGCCACUCCUGGUAUGCUUACUCCCACUGGUGAUCUUGACUUAAGAAAAAUGGGCCAAGCCCGUAACACACUCAUGAAUGUCAAGCUGAAUCAAGUUUCUGAUUCUGUGGAGGGACAAACCGUUGUUGACCCCAAAGGGUACCUCACAGAUUUGCAAAGUAUGAUUCCCACAUAUGGUGGUGAUAUUAAUGAUAUCAAGAAAGCCAGGCUGCUGCUGAAAUCUGUGCGCGAAACUAACCCCAACCACCCUCCAGCAUGGAUUGCUUCAGCUCGACUCGAGGAGGUCACUGGUAAAGUUCAAGCUGCUCGUAACCUCAUCAUGAAGGGGUGUGAGGUGAACCAGAAGUCAGAAGACUUAUGGUUGGAAGCAGCACGACUUCAGCCCCCAGACACUGCCCGUGCUGUAAUUGCUCAGGCUGUUCGUCAUAUUCCAACUUCUGUAAGAAUAUGGAUUAAAGCUGCCGCACUUGAGACAGAGACAAAAGCAAAAAGAAGAGUUUACCGUAAAGCUCUCGAGCACAUUCCUAAUUCUGUACGUCUAUGGAAGGCGGCAGUUGAGCUGGAAGAACCUGAAGAUGCUCGCAUUCUUUUAAGUCGAGCAGUUGAAUGUUGUCCCACAAGUGUGGAUCUGUGGCUAGCCUUAGCAAGACUUGAAACUUAUGAAAAUGCUCGAAAGGUACUUAACAAAGCCCGCGAGAAUAUACCUACUGAUCGCCAAAUUUGGACAACUGCUGCAAAACUUGAAGAGGCUAAUGGAAAUGACCACAUGGUAGACAAGAUCAUAGAAAGAGCAAUUAACUCCCUCAGUAUGAAUGGUGUAGAAAUCAAUCGAGAGCACUGGUUCAAAGAAGCUGUUGAGGCAGAGAAAGCUGGUUCUGUGCAUACAUGCCAAGCUCUUGUUAAAGCUGUUAUUAAUCAAGGUGUAGAGGAAGAAGAUAGAAAACACACAUGGACAGAGGAUGCAGAUAGUUGUGCUAGUCAAGGAGCAUAUGAAUGUGCUCGUGCUGUGUAUGCUCAUGCAUUAAGUGCAUUCCCAAGUAAAAAAUCAAUUUGGUUACGUGCGGCUUACUUUGAGAAAAGCCACGGAACGCGCGAAUCUUUGGAAGCUCUGCUUCAAAGAGCAGUUGCUCACUGUCCUAACUCUGAAGUAUUAUGGCUCAUGGGAGCCAAAUCUCGCUGGCUUGCUGGAGAUGUGCCAGGAGCUCGAGGUAUCUUAUCUCUGGCCUUCCAAGCCAAUCCUAAUUCGGAGGAGAUCUGGUUGGCUGCUGUUAAGUUGGAGUCUGAAAAUAAUGAGUUUGAAAGAGCACGUCGUCUCCUGGCCAAAGCCAGGGCAUCUGCUCCAACCCCAAGAGUUAUGAUGAAGUCUGCAAAGUUAGAAUGGUGUCUGGAUAAUGUUGAUGAAGCUUUGAAGUUGCUGUCUGAAGCCAUACAGGUUGUUCCUGAUUUCCCAAAACUAUGGUUGAUGAAAGGACAGAUUGAAGUUCAGAAGAAUCAAAAGGAUGCUGCUAGAGAAACUUACAAUACUGGUCUAAAGAAAGUUCCUGCUGGGCAGUCAGUUGCUUUGUGGUUACUACUAGCACGCUUAGAGGAAAGUUCUGGCCUUCUCACUAAAGCACGAUCUGUUUUGGAAAAGGGUAGACUAAAGAAUCCCAAAAAUCCUCAACUGUGGCUUGAAGCUAUUCGAGUUGAAUUUCGUGGUGGUCUUAAAGACAUUGCCAAUACGCUGAUGGCCAAGGCCUUACAGGAAUGCCCGAAUGCUGGAAUAUUAUGGGCGGAGGCAAUAUUUCUAGAACCUCGUGCUCAGCGUAAAACAAAAAGUGUGGAUGCUUUGAAAAGAUGUGAGCAUGACCCGAAUGUUUUGUUGGCUGUUUCAAAAUUGUUUUGGUGUGAGAGGAAGAAUCAGAAGUGCAGGGACUGGUUUAACAGGACAGUAAAGAUUGAGCCUGAUCUUGGGGAUGCUUGGGCUUACUUUUACAAAUUUGAAUUACUGAAUGGAACUGAAGAGACUCAAGAGGAUGUGAGAAAAAGAUGUAUAGCUGCUGAACCCCACCAUGGAGAAGCUUGGUGUGCAGUUUCUAAAGACAUUAAGAAUUGGAAAAUGUCAACUGAAGAAGUUCUUUCAAAAUGUGCAAGAGAUUUGCCAAUUCCCAUAUAGAUCAGGCUUAGCUAAACUGAUCAGUCGAUAUUGUUUUAAUGGGAAUUUUGUUGCUUCUUUUCCUUGUGAUGAAAUUGAUGAAAUUGUUGUACCGGUCACACAGAUCCAACGAUGCAAAGAAGCAGGUGGCUUUAAAACUCCUAAAUACCAUUAUUUAGGUCCAUUGCUUUGUGUAAAUAAGCAUUACUCAGUUGGGUAACACAAUAUUAUUGUUCUACAUAUAACAUGAAGAUACAUUUACAUUGUAUAUUGUCUAUCAAACAAAAUUGGUCUUUCUGUUACAUAUGCACUAAGAACUAUAUAGUUUCAAGAAAAUGUUAGAGAAUCAAAAUACAGUACAUGAUACUACUAAA